AUGUUUUACGGCACAAAUGCUCCCUCGUUUUUCAAGUAUUCGGAGCUUAUCGAAGAAGGCGACACUGUCAUCAUUUAUGUAACGUUCGAUUCCACUCACGCAAUCAUUGUACGGCGCGGUCAAACGCUCUGCAUGAAAUACGGCGCUCUUCGGCAUGAAAUUUGUGAUUGGAAAGCCGUGCAGUGA